UUUGAAACGCUUACAACAAAAUACAACAUAACAUAAUUGUAAAACAUGGCUUGGGGUUAUUGGAGUGCUACCACGGUGGAUCGUGGUCGUUCUCCACGCCGUAAUACCCAAUCCACACCUUUACCCAUCAACCUACAACAGCCCGAGGAAGAACCUUGUGUUACCACCACCACCACAGCUGCUGCUGCAGCGGCGGCGGUAACACAACCCUCUACAACUACAAAUGCCUCGAACACAUGUCCUAACACACCCUCGGGCACCCAGGCCAAUUUAUGCUAUAGCCCCACAUGUCGCAGUCGCUGCAGUAGUCCGUGUCCGGGCAGUCCUUGUCCCGGCAGCCCUUGUGGCUCUAUAACACCGCCUCCGCCUCCGCCUCCGCCACAUCCACUAACAUCGUCACAACAGUAUCUACAUCAGCAUUCGAAUAAGAAUUGUCCAGCUGCUCAGCAAAUGUUUGCAGCGGACGAUUAUCCUUCGCGUCGUCAAUCGCUGGAUCGUUUGGAUAGUCCUCAGGUAUGGACUUAUACUAAGUCCAAAUAUUUUGAUAUACAGGCCAAUCAACUAUCAGACAUUAUGUGCCGCGGUGCGGUGGUCUCUUCCAUACAAUCAGCCAAUAAUACAUUGACGCGUGGCGUCUCACUGCACAGUCGCAGCGGCAGUGCCCAUGGCAGCAUACAUGGUGGCGGCAGUCAUCAUGGCAGCCAUGGUGCGGUGGGACCGGGCAGUGCCCACGGCUCGAUGGGCUGUUUGCAGGGCAGCACGGGCCAUCUGGUGAAUGUGGUGCACGGCAGCAGUGGUAGUGUGGGCAUGUUGGCCGGUGGUCCUAUUGACACGGGCGAUUAUGAUGUACCACAUCCACAUCCUUAUACACAUCAUUAUAUGCAAACAUCAUCGUCGAUAACACCGCCACAUUCCACUAUGAGUUUGAUAGGCUCUAGGCCAGGAUCAGCUGGUCCAUGUCCGGGUCAUGAUUCUGGCUCCGAUUCUAGCCAAGGUUGCGGCUCCAUAAUGGCCAGCGGUGUGGGCGGUCACAUUGGUCAUAUGUCGGCACAUUUGGUGGGCAUGGCCGGCGGUCAUCAUCAUACUCACAGUGGCGGCAGUGGUUCGUUGGGACGUUGUUCGAGUCGCUGUCACAAUACCACCACUACUACCACCGAUGAUUCAGGGGGCGGUAGUGGUGGUAGUGUUUUUGGCAGUGGCCCCUGUAUGGGGGGCCUAGAGCAGGCCACAUCUCAUCAGCAUCAUCACAUCGUUAGGCACGGCAGUGCCGGCAGUGGUCUCAAUGGUUGUGGCAGUGGUGGCAGCGGAGGACGUAACAGUUCUCUCAGCACCAUACACAAUGGUCAUGGCCAUCAUCAAUAUCAUCACGAGUGCAUACAUUAUGAACGUCUGCCCAUACCAGUGCCCAUACCCACUGUGCCAACUACACAUCAGCAAUUGCAAUCGGAGGAGGAAAUUGAACCGGCGUAUGCAACAGUUUUUCCAAAUGUUCCUGCAGCUCCUGGUCUAUUAUGUGACGGUGAAGAUCGCAGCAUUUAUCGACGGGGUGCCAGAAGAUGGCGCAAACUGUAUAGGGUUAAUGGUCAUAUAUUCCAAGCUAAACGUUUUAAUAGACGUGCAUUUUGUGCUUAUUGCCAAGAUCGCAUCUGGGGUUUGGGACGUCAAGGUUUCAAGUGCAUACAAUGCAAACUGUUGGUACACAAAAAAUGUCAUAAAUUGGUGAAGAAACCCUGUUCGAACGAAGAUGUCAAACCGUUGGUGCCCAAGGGUGUCGACGAUGACUUCUCCGAACAGCUACCACAAAUGCCACCACCCAUACCCGACUAUCCACCCAUACAUCCGGGUGCCGAUGAGUCCUGCAUCUCCUCGGAUCCUGAGUAUAUGGCCUCGGCAUCGAGUGGCGGUGUGGGCGGCCAUAUGGGCUCGCAAAAUAAAGAGGAAAUCGAAAUGGGAUCACAGCGUCAAUUCUCGUUGGAUGAUUUCGAGUUGAUACGUGUCAUUGGUCGCGGCAGUUAUGCCAAGGUGUUGAUGGUGGAGCUGAAAAAGACUAGGCGCAUUUAUGCCAUGAAAGUUAUUAAAAAGGCCUUGGUAACCGAUGACGAGGACAUUGAUUGGGUGCAAACGGAGAAACAUGUUUUCGAAACAGCCUCAAAUCAUCCAUUUCUGGUGGGUUUACAUUCGUGCUUCCAGACGCCAUCACGUCUAUUCUUUGUUAUUGAAUUUGUGCGCGGCGGUGAUCUUAUGUAUCACAUGCAACGUCAGCGACGUUUGCCCGAGGAGCAUGCCCGUUUCUAUGCGGCCGAAAUCAGUUUGGCUUUGAAUUUCUUGCAUGAGAAGGGCAUUAUCUAUCGUGAUCUGAAAUUGGACAAUGUGUUGUUGGAUCAUGAGGGUCAUAUUAAACUAACCGAUUAUGGCAUGUGCAAAGAGGGUAUACGUCCCGGUGACACCACUUCCACAUUCUGUGGCACACCCAAUUAUAUAGCUCCAGAAAUUCUAAGGGGCGAAGAUUAUGGUUUCUCCGUAGAUUGGUGGGCCUUGGGUGUCUUGCUGUAUGAAAUGUUGGCGGGUCGCAGUCCCUUCGAUAUAGCCGGGGCUUCUGAAAAUCCCGAUCAGAAUACUGAGGAUUAUCUGUUCCAAGUGAUUUUGGAGAAAACCAUACGUAUACCACGUUCUUUAAGUGUUAAAGCUGCUUCGGUACUCAAAGGUUUCUUAAACAAAAAUCCAGCCGAUCGUUUGGGCUGCCAUCGUGAGACCGCCUUUAUGGAUAUUAAAAAUCAUCCCUUCUUCAAGGUUAUCGACUGGGAAAUGCUUGCCUAUAAGCAAGUUACACCACCAUUUAAGCCACGUUUAGAUUCAGAUCGUGAUUUGGCCAAUUUCCCACCAGAAUUUACAGGCGAAGCGGUACAAUUAACACCAGAUGAUGAUCGUGUUAUUGAUAAUAUAGAUCAAUCAGAGUUUGAAGGUUUCGAAUAUGUUAAUCCAUUGCUAAUGUCUUUGGAAGACGAAGUUUGACAUCACGAGUUUUGUGACUUACAUCCCUAUAAUAUGCGUCUUUAUGGCGAAGAUUCCAGUGACUACGAUUCAGUUGCUGAUGAUUUAAGUUUAUUACGUUUAAAUGCUCCUAAUAAUAAUUUAAUUACACAUUUAAAUAAUUAUACUAAUAACGAUCACCAACAACCACAACAGCCACAACAACAAUUACAUCAACAUCAUCAUUUACAUCAUGAGCAAUUACAUUCGCAUGAUCCUCAAUAUCAAGAACAACAUCAGCAGCAGCAUCAUCCACAACAACAACAGCAGCAACCACAACAACAUUCACAUAAUGGUAACAAUAAUAAUACACAUAAUGCAAACAAUAAUAAAAGUUUAUUACAGCACAUGUUUUGCCUUCCAUUAAACUAAUCUAAACGAAAUAUUGAACAAAAAACCAAACCAAAAUCAAACAAAACAAUAUGUUCUAUUAACAACUACUAUUAACAACUAAACAGCAACAUCUACCCGAACAUCAUGAAUUCAGAAACAGAAAGAAAGAAUGAAAGAAAGAAAAGUAUUGAAAUUCUAACUAUAACUACUAACUACCAUUGUAUUUCCAUACUACAAAAACAAAACAAAUUCCAUUUAUCAUCAUUUUAAACUAAGAGAGGAAGGACACUUUAAAAGCAAAAUAGUAAGAAAACAAAAAAUCACUCAGUAUAAAAAAGAUUUCAAGAAAGUAACAAAAUAUAUUAAAUAUUUAUAAUAAUAAUAAUAAAACAAAACACACAACAACAAAAAAAAGUAUGUAAUAAUAAAACGUUAACGUAAAAGACAUGUAUGUACACAUUUUUCUAUUCCACAACAACGCAUUAACUCUUAAGAUUAUAUAGAUUCGUUUAUAAUGAUGCAUAAUGAGCCUAAAGUUUAUUAAGAACAAAACAAA